AUGGACGAGCUGUGCAGCGAGCUGCUGGCCCCCGCCAACGUGACUACUGACAGUAAGGACCCCACCAAGAUCCACUACGGCUGCGGCGCAGCCACCGUCGCCCAGGUCAACAAAGUGUCCAGUGACCUGGCAGCCCUGGAGCCCAAGGUCGCCGCCGCCGCCCGGGCAAUGGAGCUUGCAAGCUCUGUGCAGGCCACCCUUGGAGGAAGCAACCAAACAACGGCGCUGCGCGCCGAGGUGGACGCGCUGCGCGCGGGCGUUGCGGCCCUCACCGCGGCAGACACACGCGCCACGCAGCAGCUGACCGCACUGGAGGCGGCAAACCAGACGGCGGCCCGGCAGAUUGCAGUUCUCACUGCCAUAGUGCAGGAGCUGCAGGCGAACGCGACCAACGCCACCAACCCAGGCAUCGUUUCCCAGCAGCUCGCCGCCCUUGCAGCGGCUGACGUGGGCACCGCCCAACGUCUGGCUUUGCUGGUGGCCGCCAACACCACCUCAGCCCAGCAGAUCGCCAACCUUGCUGCUGCUAACUCGCGCGCCGCCCAGCAGCUGGCGCUGCUGGAGGCGGCAAACCAGACAGCAGCCCUGGAAAUUACAGCGCUCAAGUCUGCUGCUCAGCAGUGCACCUGUGGCCUGGAGCUCAAGGCCGUCAACAGCACCCUGGCAGACAUCAGAUCGGUCCAGCAGGCGGACGCAGCGGCAAUCUCCCUGGCCAAAGCAACGGUGAAUACCCUCAAGUCCACAGUCAUGGCAGGCGCGGCGGCCACUGAGUCGGUCAACAGCAGCCUCACCUUCCUGGCAGCCGCCGUGGCCAACGUCUCUGCCAUGAAUUUCAGCGCCUACGCAAAGAUCAGCGACCUUGCCAACAUCAAUGCGGUCACGUUGGCAGAGUUUGUUUGA